UGCCUCCUCCAAUCAUGGGGCCACCAGCCAUGGAAGUCCACCACCGAGCCGCCCCGUGUCGUCCUAGAGCCUCCUUCUCUAUUGACCGCGCCCAUCACCGCCAAGUCACGGUCCUGUUCCCGCCGUCCGCUGCCCUGUUCGAGUGCCCGCGUGGACCUGCGCCGCCAAGCUCCUCCCAUGGCCGCCUCCACCCGAGAGUCACCAGCAGGACCCCGUCAAGCCGUGCCUGUGCUCCUGUCGCCCCCGUCCAGGAGCUCCACGAGGAGAGGAGCUCCUCUUCGUCGCCCCAAGAAGCAGUCGCGCCCGAGCGCUCCUCUCCACGCCAGCGUUGCAACGGCAACUACCACUACUCCCCAUGGAGCUCCGCCAUCGACCGGCUCCAGCGCCGACCCACCAGAUCCGGCCUCCCCUCGCCUUCUCCGCGUCGCUACCCAAGCCGCCUGUGUCCUCUGCUUCCAGGACGAGCAGAGCAGCUCGCCCGACCCCUCGCCCAUUGACCGAUCGACCUGGGCUCCCAGAUCCAGCCGGCCCAGCGCUGCCGCACCAAGCCCAGCCAGCCGGCCUGCUACCUCUUCCACCGAGCCGGGCUUUGGCCCAUGUGAGCAGUUUCCCCAGCCCAGUAGUGUAUUUUUAGGUUCAGCAAUUUUGUCUAUUUUUCCAGGGAAUUCCAGUUUUGCAGAUCAGCCCCAAAACUUCAUGCAUAUAAUAACUUAAAAACCGUGCAUCGAAUUAAAACAAAUUAUAUAUGGAACUUGCUUAAAAUUGUGUGUAUAUUAAUAUUUUGCAACUUUCAUCUAUGUUUGAAAUGUUUAAAAUGCCGUUUGGUUAAAUUUGCUCCCAUGCCAUGUUAAAAUGAUUUAUUUCAUAACUAUUUAACCGUAGCUCGGUUUUAAAUAAACUUUAUA